UGUUGCAUCUGUGCGGUGAGAGUCGUUGAGCGCCACAGUAGCAGAAGCGCACGCUGUGUUAUUAUCAUGUCUCAGUUUAAAUACUGGAGACGCCUGUCUAUUCUCUACUGAAACACAGCCUGCCGCGUAAAGACGGAAUUCCUUUUUAUUGCGAACAAACGAGACUCGUUGAAAUCAGUUUGUCUGUCGUGUGUCUGACAUUAAUUUGAGAUUAAAAUGGUCAUCAAGGUUUACACCGCCUCCUCAACUGGCUCUAUCGCGGUGAAAAAGCAUCAGCAGGCAGUGGUAGGUUUCUUGGAGGCUAAUCGAAUCAGCUUCCAGGAAGUAGACAUUACCAUGCUGGAGGAGCAGAGGCAGUGGAUGUACCGUAACAUCCCGAGUGACAAGCAGCCAGAGAAAGGCAACCCGCUGCCUCCACAGAUCUUCAAUGAUGAUCACUACUGUGGGGACUACGAAGACUUCUUCCAGUCAAAGGAGGACAACGCUGUGUUGUCAUUCCUUGGGCUCAGUGCCCAGCCCUCAGUGAAAGAUUCUGAGUCAUAGCUGAGAUCAUACUGCUGGUGUGUGAAGUCCAGGGACCCUAAACUACGAGGACCAAAACUGCAUUGCUUCCUGUGUUGCAUCCCCUCUUCUCCUACGUUCCUCCUUCUUCGGAGCCAGCACUAUGUCAAACAUCAGACUCCAUGGAUCUCCCCCUAAACGAUCUCUCCUGACUCUUUAAACGCUCAAUCCACAUCACUUAAGUCUCCAAGUGUCUGAAGCUCAAAUGAGACUCAAUCAAAGAAAGGGGAUUCAGUUUAUGAUGGAUCAUGUUUCCUUUUUUCAUGUUUAACACACUGUCACAACAAUCUAUCAGUAGCAUCAAUUCUGAGCAAACUAGAUGUAGCAGCUUUUGCAUCAGUGGACCAGUUGCCUAUAGUGGUUGUACAAGGCAGUAGAUGAGGAAUAUGAUGAGGUGCAGUUCAAGUCACAUGAACACACAACCCUUGUGUGUGUAUGCCUUACUGUCUGUGUUUAUGUGUGAGUGUGUGUUCUUCAAUCAGCAGCUGUUAAUAAUAGCUGUGUUUCUGGAGGGAGGAUGAGAGUCAGCACUUAAUUCAUUAAACAACUCAAUGUCUAGUCAUCA